CUACCUGGAUCAAUAACAAAGUUGACUUUUGGUCAUAACUUCAAUCAUCCAAUCAAGUCAGCUACCCUCCCCGAAUCAAUUACAUUCCUCGAAUUUGGUUGGUGUUUCAAUCACUCAUUGGUCGCCGGAGCACUACCCCAAUCCAUAACAAAGUUGAUAUUUGGCAAUGACUUUGAUCAAGUUUUAUCUCCUCGCACUCUUCCCGAAAGAUUGGUUACUCUAUCAUAUGGAUAUAGGUACAACUCUAUGAUUGAAGUUGAGGUCAUUCCAAAAGGACUCAGGAAAUUGUCAUUUGGAAAGUGUUUCAAUCAAGAAAUUUUACAUGGAUCACUUCCUAGAUCAUUGAUCAAAUUGUACUUUGGUUGGAGUUUCAAUCAAUCAUUGACACCGGGAACUUUACCAUCUUCUUUGGAGACAUUGGUAUUCCAUUCUGACUUUGAUCAACCAUUAUAUCCUGGUACAUUACCAAAUUCAAUAACCAAUCUCGUCUUUGGAUAUUCAUUCAAUCAAUCAAUAUCAAAAAUAUUACCAAGUAAUUUAAAAAAGUUAUCAUUUCAUUCCAACUUUAAUCAAUCUAAUUUUUUAUUACCAGUUGGAUCAUCAUUACCCUCAUUAAUACAUACACUCAAGUUGGGAUUCUAUUUCAAUCAACCUAUAAUACCAAAGUCUUUACCAAACUCUUUAACAUCCUUGGAGAUUGGUUAUAAGUUCAACCAUCCAUUGACUCCAGGGACACUUCCAUCAUCACUUCAAAGUUUGACCUUUGGAUAUGCAUGCUCACAAUUUAAUCAACAAUUCAUUGUUGGAUCACUACCAGAUUCGCUUACAGACCUUCAUCUAAGUGACAUGUUCAACCAGAACUUUGAAGCCAAUGUCCUACCAGGAUCACUCACUCGUUUGAAACUUGGUAAUCAAUACUAUAGACCAUUUCCAGAUGGAUCACUACCAAACUCACUCAAACAAUUGAUAUUAGGAUAUGGCUUCAAAUUACAUCCUUGGUAUAUUAUGAAGUUCCCCCCUGGUCUGGAGAUGAUAUCAAUAUCAAACUGGAAAAGUCAA